GUCGUAGAACGUGGAGAUCUUUUUCAAUACGCCGCGAAAUCGAACUCGAGCACGAUGUCUUCACGACUUGACCCUCACAUGACGGCGGACAGUUUCUUCCACACCUUGGGGGACCAGAAAUCCUCCGCAUCUCCGUCUCGGAGCCCCGUCCUCAUCUACUUCAUAUCAGGCAAUCCCGGCCUAAUCUCCUACUAUUACCCAUUCUUCACGCAUCUGAUCGACCGACUGCAGACGCUCGUCUCCAAGCACGAUGAGAAACCCACUAUUCACAUCCACGGCCACAGCCUAGCCGGCUUCGAACUAUCAGCCCCACACACCACGGCGGCGGUCGCCGACGAAGAGCCCUACUACCACGACCUCGAAGACCAGAUCCGCUUCGUCCAGCGCAAGCUAGACACUUGCGUGAGCAGCAUUUCUGGCGGGCAUCCCAGUUCCGCCCCCGCAAACACCACCGAAGAUGGUCCCCCGAUCACCACACCACCAACGGUCCUCCUCAUCGGCCACUCCGUCGGCACCUACAUCGCCAUGGAACUCAUCCGACGCCAUCGCGCACGAGCGUCGUCGUCCCCUUCCGCAGGACCUCUGUCUGGCACUGUGAAUCAUCCUUCAUUUACCAUCUCCGGCGGAAUCCUCCUCUUCCCCACCGUCGUCGACAUUGCUAAAUCCCCCUCGGGGCGGAAAUUGACCACUUUAUUAUCCAUCCUCCCCCAUCUAGCCCUCAUCGCCGGCCUCUUCGCCAGGGUCCUCACCACCCUCCUACCGGGGUUCGUGCUCCGGGGCUUGGUGAAAGUGUUCAUGGGCUUCCCGCCGGAUGAGGCUGUGGAUACGACUUGUGGAUUCUUGAGGAGUCGGAGGGGGGUCAGGCAGGCUUUACACAUGGCCGCCUCAGAAAUGUACACCAUCAACUCCGACAAAUGGGCCGACGAGGUCUGGGGAAUCUCUGCCACAAACGAUGAGAAGCACCCGCUUACGAAGUUGUUCUUCUACUAUGGGCGCGGGGAUCAUUGGGUGGCCGAGGAGACCAGGGAGGAGAUUAUCGCGCUGAGGGGGAAGGGAGCGGUGGGUUCGCAAAAUGGAGGCGCUACUACGCCUACGCAAGGCUGCAGCGGACCUACGAUGGUGGUUUGUGAGGAGGGGUUGCCGCAUGCGUUCUGUUUGCGGCAUAGUGAGGUUAUGGCGGGGAAGGUUGCUGAGAUGGUCAAGGAGAUUAUCGGGUGAGAGGAAGGUGCCAAAGGGGAUGUACUGUACUCUACAAGGGGUGCUGUAAAGCGAUAGAAGGUUUGGUGCUGUCGAGUGUGGUUGAUCUGAUCUCACAAAAGAUACAAAACGCACACCCAGACUUCUAUAUGCGCUAAUCAUAC